AUGAAAGAUGAUGUGGAACACUCAGAGAUCGCACUCGAGAGGGACCUCAUUCUUGAACGAUAUGAAAUCAUACGAGACAAAUCGGCCGAAGAGCGACGACAAAUUGAAAAGUCACUUGUUCGAAAACUAGACUUUAAAUUCUUGCCUAUGGUUACAGCAAUGCUCAUGAUGAACUAUCUUGAUCGUAUCAAUGUCUCAAAUGCACGGUUGGCGGGCAUGCAAGAGGAUCUGGGUAUGAGUGAUACUCAGUGGUCCGCUGGAAUUUCGAUGUUUUAUGUCGGAUACAUCAUCUCUCAAAUCCCUGCCAAUGUUAUCAUAGCCAAAGGAAGCCCUCGUCUUCUUCUCCCUCUUUGCAUGCUAGCCUGGUCUGUAGUCACCAUAUGCAUGCCUGCUGUGACAGCGUCCUGGGCGUUUAUCUUUUGCCGUUUUCUUAUUGGUCUCGUUGAGGGGCCUUUUGUUCCUGCUGUCUCAUUGCUGACUUCGUCCUGGUAUACAAAACACGAGUCUCCUCUUCGGAUGAGUAUAUGGCACGCCGGUAACACUAUCUCCCAGGCGUUGUCGGGUCUUCUCGCGGCUGGGAUCCUCUCCAAUAUGGAAGGAGUCGGGAAUAUUAGAGCGUGGAAAUGGUUUCUUCUUCUUGAGGGCAAGUGUAUUGUCAGCAUAAUCGUUGCUAUCAUCAGCUUCUGGUUCAUCCCGAACUUCCCCGAUUCGACCGGUCUAUAUUUUAUCACUGAAGAGGAGUCGGCCAUGGCUCAGUAUCGGCAGUCGGUUUCUGCUGGUGGGUUAUCUGAGGAUGAUUUAGGUGGACACUGGGAUGGAUUCUGGAAAGCCAUGAAGGACCCUUUCUCGCAUCUCUUUGCAGCUAUUCACUUUUCCUUGAUUAUUGCGCAGUCAUAUAAGGACUUCUUCCCUUCGAUUGUGAAAACCCUUGGCUUUAGCAAUAACAUCACAUACCUUAUUCAAGCACCUCCGCCAGUCAUCGCUUUUUUAGUGACUUUGGGAAUCUCCUGGUCAUCCGGACGCAGAUUGGAGCAUGGCUAUCACAUCAUCGGGCCGAUUUUAGCGACUCUCGUUGGCGCUGUGGUGAUGAUCACAACCCUCAACGUGGGUGCUCGUUACUUUGCCAUGAUCCUCCUUGUCGUGGGUCCGUUUGCUGGUCUUAGUGAAAACCCGGAUAUUUCGGGAGCCGCCUGGGUUCAAUCGCUUGUCCUGCUGCUUGAGGAAAUUUCCCCUUUAUUUAAGUUCAUCUCCCGUUCAGAGCCUCAGAGUGGGCAAGGCUUGAUCUCAACUUUCAACCCCACAUUCUUUUAUAGCGAGACACUUAAAUCUGCAACGAUGCACCGCAAUUCACUCAUUCAAUUGGCCUUUGGCCUGACUUCUGCGGCUCUGGUAUCUGCUACGAACGCUACUAAUUAUAACCCUUCGCUGAACUUCCGACCGGAUAAUGUCACUUCUAAUGGGCUGUAUGACUGGGUUGGAUCGUACUACAAUGGAACUACUACCAUCAGCGUGAAGCCUUUUUCAGGCGUCUCGAAACAGGAAAUUGAAACAGAUCAGAGCACCUCGUGCCCAAACCUGGAAGGCAAGGAGAUCAAGGCUCAUUAUGAUUCCGUUCUGGCUCUCACCGAGCGAAGUAGCCAAAACGCUGGCAAUAACCCCGUGAAUGUCUUUCACACCCUCUGGGACGAAGGCUUCGAUUUCUCAACCCUGAAAAGCAAUGAGACUAUUGCUGACUAUCCCUGGGGCUGGGGAUUGUUUUCUUCUAACCCUGCGAUCGCUCACAACGAGACAAAUAUUCAAGAUUCGUUUAAUUUGACCCUGGAGAAGACUCAAGAAGCACCAUACAGCCUUUCAGGCGUACUUGGUGAUUCCUAUUACAAUGGCUCGGACUUCAAUGGCUUGAAAACCAUAAUUUACAACAUGACGAGUUGUAAUGGUACAAAGGACAUCCCAUGGGAUGGAGUGCUUUUGACCAAGAUGCUCUGGGCGGAGUACGACUCCAAUGUUACCUACCCCAAUCCCAUUUUCGGACUAAAAUUCGACGAUACAACUGCCAAUAUCACUUUGACUGGGUACAUCAUGAGCUAUCCAUCAUGUGGCAAAAAGGCUAGUUUCUGCGAGGUGGACGUGAUUGUCUAUGCUGCCAUUGAAAUCGCGUUUUCGGGAACUAUUGAUUAUUAUCAUUCAGAUGAACUGGAGACGGAUGCCUCGACGGUCAAAUGGGAGAAGACUGUUGGCUUUGGAAACAGCACCCAUAGUAAUAAGAGCAACGGAUCGAGCCGCCAGGAACACCAUGGUGCUCUCUCGCUUCUAGCGUCUGUGUUGGCGCUGUCGGUCGUUUCUCUUUGCGUUUAG